UUAGGGCAGUUAACGACAGAAACUCAACGGUGCCAAGUACGGGUGUUUCUAUAAGUUCAGAACAAUAUUUACACAAGAAUAAUUUCAAAGAAAUCUCUGAGGUUUAAUUUCCUUAGACCUCGUGACAUUUACGUUUUGUUAUUAAUUUCGGUUCUAACAAAAGAGGCGCUUUCGUAAUUUGAAAAGUUCGCCGUGGCGCGUUGGUGUGCUUGCGUGUGUGGGUGUCAAUGUGCCAGUGUGUGUCACAAUGUCGGUGCAAAGGGGUGGAGUCGGGACCUUUCGGUACUGUUUCUAUUAUUGUGCUACCACAGACUUUGAGAUAUAUGACCUGGAAACUGAGGACUCUGCAAAGAAUACUGGUAAUGGCGUGAACGUCGAAGGCUCGACCCACAGACAGGUGGUGGAUCUCAUCAAGUCCGGUGGCGACUGUCUUACACUUACCGUCAUCUCUGUCACACAAAGAGAAGCCGAACGACUAGAGCCAUGCGACGACGGAUCAGCUCCCGUAGGCGUCAUAGGCGGCGCUGCCAACUCCCGCGCGACCGUCUACCAACGUUACGACUAUACCGACAAGCGCUCCCUACCCGUCUCGAUCCCAGACUACCGGCUUGUCAUGGAGAGGAACACAGGCAGGUCCUAUGUGGCCUUCAAUGUCCAUAUGGCUGGACGGCAUCUGUGCAGCAGAAGGUACAGGGAGUUUGCCGCGUUGCAUCAUACGCUUAGAAAGGAAUUUUUAGGUUUCAAUUUUCCGAAGCUGCCCGGCAAAUGGCCGUUCACAUUGAGCGAACAACAGUUGGACGCUAGAAGGAGAGGACUCGAACAGUAUUUAGAAAAGGUAUGCGCAGUCCGAGUGAUAGCAGAAUCAGAUGCUGUCCAGGAAUUCCUCACAGAUUCGGACGAUUCCUCAAACCCAACACCAGUAGACCUGAAAGUCCUUCUUCCUGACAAAGAAGUGGUCACCGUCAGCGUCCUCAAGUCUACCAACGCUGACGAUGUAUACAGAGCGGUUUGCGAGAAGAUCGGCCUGUCCAAAUCGGUGCAAAAGUAUUUUUAUUUGUUCGAAAUUGUCGAAUAUAAUUUCGAGCGCAAACUCCAACCGAAUGAGUGUCCGCAUUCCCUAUACAUUCAGAACUAUUCGACGGCGUCCAGCAGUUGUCUGUCGAUACGCAAGUGGUUGUUCAACCCGCGCACCGAGAUCUCUGUCGUGGCUGAGGAUGCUACUGCUGCCGCUUUCAUAUUCUGGCAGGCCGUAGAAGAUGUGAACCGCUGCGUAUGUGUAGCAGGAGCGCGGUUAUACCAACUUAAGGCGCUACAAGACGUGCGACGAGCGCCCGAUUAUCUAGCACUCGCGCGAGCGUUGCCUGGUUAUGGACACGUGGCCUUCCCGCCUGCAAGGACCGAUUGCCGCGCCACUCCCGCUCUUGCCAUCACUGUCGGUUGGUCAGGGCUGAAGCUGUCGAGCUGGUGCGAGGGCGACACGAGUGGCACCGGAGCUAGCGUGGAAGUGAGCUGGCGCUCGGUGGUGUCGUGGAGCGCGGACGACGAGGCGGCGGCCGCCCGGCUCACGUACGCGCGCCACGACACGCACACGCGCACACUCGCGCUCUUCACGCCAUACUACCAAUUCCUGUGCAACUGCAUGGACAGAAUAGCUGAAGAGGCGAACUGGGUGGACACCGGCGAAUAAGUGACGUCACAUCCCCUCCCACUACUUAGGAAGUAAGCCACGGAAACGGUAUUAUGCCACCUCAACGCUGAACUAUUUAGUAGGAAAACCAUUUCAUCACUAGCAACACCAUCUCAGGUGUUGCCACUAAAUAAGAUUCCUACCAAAAUGUCAGCGCGGGAGUAUUAGUUCGUUAUUCUAUAAAAUAAUGUUAAAUAUUAAUUAUUUAUCGUAAAUCUUUUACCUAACUCCUAAUUAUAAAAUUAUCCUCAUCAAAUCUCUAUUUCUCUAUAAGAUGUCACUAAUAGUUAAGAAUGUUUCAAGGUUUACAUAAACUUAAUCUGUUAUUUAAAAUUGGUUGGUCAACUAUCACUAUUUAGUGUCAUCUUGUAUAAGAAAGAAUAUAUAAAUGAAUAAAUAGACCUAGGUAGCUACAUCUAUUCCCGAAUUGGACGCAAUAUUGAAACUUUAAGUGUAGAAUUAUGUACUAGUAUCCUUAAAGCUAUGCUUACGGUUCAUUUGUAGUGUAAUAAUUAUUAUUACUUACAUAAAUAGAUUCUAUUUUGUAGAGUUUUGUGAGAUACAGUGAACUUUGGUUGGAUUAUUGGAUCCCUACUAUGAAUUCUUCUUAUUUUCGGAAAAAGUAUGAGUCGGUAACUUAUUGAAUCAGCUGUAUACCCCUUUAUCUUCAAGUGAUUAUUAACUUAAGUCUAUGAGCUGUAAGAGUGAUUUGACACUAGCGGAUUGUCGCUCGUAUAUGCUCGGUUUUUCUAAACGCGACACUUUUAGCAAGAACCUUUUUUUUAAGGCGGGGAAAUCUUCUAAUGUUUUGCUACCGAUUUUUCAUUGUAUCUCAUAAAACUAGCUAGUACCGACUGUUUUCUACACUAAAAGUCUCUCUUUGUCUAAGUUAAGUUUUUUGUACUUACUUACAUAAUUUUUAUUACGAUUUUAUUUCUACUUUAGAUCUGCUUCACUUAUUUUACAUAAUGUAAACUAUUUAAUUUUUUUAGUUUUUGUUAUAAUUUGGAAAUGAGUCGUAAACGUUAUUCCCAAACAUUAGGAUAAAUAUUUUAGUAACAAAUCCGUUAGUUCUUUAUCGAAUAAACUUAUGAAUCGAUUUCAAAGAAUCAAUUAAUUAAAAAUAAAUCAUAAUUUAGAAAUUCCGUUUUUUAUAUUAUACCCAUCAUAAUAGCAGCUAAAAGCUCAGGUUUUUUUUUAUUACUAAGACAAUUUUAUUUAGCUAUAAUUUUUAAUAUAUUCGUGUAGUAAAUGUAGUAUUGUGAAUCAUUAACGCAUUUACAGUGAUAAUGUAAAAUAUAUAACAAAUUAAAUUUAAAUAAUCUUCACUAUGUAGUAAAUUGUGUUUGUGAUGAAUAUUUAAUUAUUAAAAUUAGAAAAAUAUUGUCGUAGUUAAAGAUGGCGUUCGAUCAAGUUUUAUUGUAAGUCCGCUAGAUGUCGCUAUCAAGCGCCGUGCAUACACAUCGCGCGAGCAAAUUCAUAGUAAAAUUCACCAUUUUUAAUUAAAUAUUUUUUACAAAUCACCACUUAAUAAGAAUAUCAUUAAUACUAUUUAAGCAAAUCAAUUAUAUAGUUCGUGAGGUGUAUGUGUUAGGUAUUCGAAUAACCGCCUUUAUACUAUAUUAUCAUUUUUAGAGUUUAUUUGUGGCUGUAUAAGUAAUUUAUAACUAUUAAAAUCAUCCUUUAACGGCCUCUAAAUAUUUGAAUCUUUAUCUUCAAAAAUGGUUGCUAAUUGCCAUUAUAAAUCUGCUAUAGAGUUUCUCUUAUAAACUUGUUCUAAAAUAUAGAACUCAGCUUAUACAAGAUAAACUUUAUAGCUUUGAUUUUAUAGAAUUCCUGUCUCUAUCCCAUUGAAGAAUAAGCUUCGAAAAUGUUUUUUUAAAAUCAACAUUACAUAAUACUGUUUGUUGCUGUUAUGAACUAAUUUCAAUAGUUUAAGCCUCUCAUACAUAUCUAUUAUUAUACCCUUACAUUAUAUUAAAAGAUUUUAUAUAAUCGUGUUUUUAUAAUGAUUAUUGAUUGAUGGCGGCGAAAUGUUUCUUGAAGGUUUAGUACAAAUACUAAGAAGGAUAGUCGUCAUUUAAAUGUUUUUCUUUGAUGGCAAUGCAAGAAGUUUAUAGUCUGUGCAAGAGUGGAAUCGCAUGGAAAUGUGACCAGGUACUAUAAUUGUCUGUUGAUUCAGUAUUAAUUUAAAGGAAUAUAUGUUGGUGCCAUAAAACCUCUGUGUUGCUUGCGUUGUUAAAAAAAAGUUUGGUCACAAAACAGUUUUUAAUACAAAAAAUAUUUAAUGGGGUUUAUGCUUCGAUAAUAUAGCAGAAAGAGAGCGGUACGAUAUUUAUUAAACUAAUUAACAAAUCGACAGCAUUGAUCCCAAUAAAGCUGUUAGUUUUUUUACGUUGGCAACACUAGCUUGCACGGGAUUGGUUGAACCGUCAGAGAUAGACAAGAAGUUUAGUCACGACUCUAUAACAAGCAAUAAAUAAACCGCAACGCUUAAACAGCCUUAUUUAGAUUGUCUUAUGUCGGAUUUUCAUGUACGUAGCUGCAAACUUGGAUAUAAACAGGUACUUAUUACUAAUAUUAUAAAUGCAAAUGUCUGUAAAAGUGUUCUUUACUCUUUCAUGCAAAAACUGAUCAAUUAAUUAUGAUGAAACUAGAAAAAAAUAUAAUUUAUACUUCAUAACAUAUAGACUUUUAUCCAGGUGCGGGAGUUCAGUCGGUCAGACUUUCAAGGCCCUCAAAAUAGCUCUGUUUUCAACCAUUAUAUCUUCCAGUGAUGAUGAAAUACAUACAUAAUGAAUAUAAACAGUAUACUCCCAGGCUUUUUUCCAUUUUACAAUUCACAAGUACACUCCACGCCAAAAAAAUUGACCCAAACUAUUUUCUUUACGUUUCCAAGUUAGCAGCUACGUAACCGGCCACUGUUAGCCUCGCACCAAUGAAGUUGUAAAUUCGCGGUAAUAGAGUAGAGUAAGCAUAUUAUAGGCGCAAUAACAAAACGUUAUAAAAGUAGUUUGGCUAGCUCUGUGUUAUUUACGGAAUAGUGAUUUUGAAGUGAUUAAAAUCAAGAAAAAUACCGUUUUAGAGCAAUAUAGAUAAAAAAGAGGAAUGCAUCAGGGUUGCCAAAAGGAUUAAAUAAUAGAUAUUUUACCUUGGCAACACUUCGUCAAAUGUAAUGAAGCAGUAGUUUUAAAGCUGAAUUUAACUACUAUUCAUUAGAUAUUGAAUACAUUUUUUAUCAAUUAAUCCUCCAAUUUUCUAUUGAGAACGCAAUGUGUACUGUUGAAUUGUCAAAAUGACAAUAUCGUUCAAAUAAUCGUUACUUCAUUGCCACUAUUCCGUAAUAAAAAUACAUAUAUCUCAAAGGAACGUUAAAGCACUUUAAAAAUAUUAGAAACAAAUAUCAUCUAAAUGUUGCUAUUAAUAUAGUUGAUGUAUCGUCCUAUUGUGAUCGUAAUUUUAUGUUGUUUAAGCCGCGUUUUAAAUGUAACGUAUAUGUUGGUAGGGGAUUUUCAUUUGUUGCAUUGGCUUGCAGAAUAACUUGAAUUUAAAAUAUCAAAAACAACAGUUUCAAAUAAUAUCUUCGUAUGCGUAAAUCUUCAGUAAAUUUUAAACUGUCUUGUCUAUAUAAUAUCUAACCAUGUUUUUCUGCAUGAUAGUGUAACAAUCUCAGUAGUAAUAAUAAUUAGAUAUUUAGCUUCUCAUGACAAGUGGUAACUAGUGACAAGUACUUAUUUAUCUCUCGUGUCGGAUUCGUAUGUUAAACUGAAUGAAAUAUCGACAGAAGGCAGAAGCUACAUAUUUUCAAAAUAAAUACCGAAAAAUGUUUGUAGGCCUCGGCUGUUAUUUGAACAUCUUUGGCUGUCGUUACGUGUAGUCCGAAGCCAGUAAGUCUGACAACCAGUCUUACCAAUGGGUAUUGGGUUGCCUGGAUAAUUGGGUUGAGGAACUCAGAAAGGCAGUCGCUCCUUGUAAAACACUGGUACUCAGGUGCAUUCGGUUAGACUGAAAGCCAACAGUUGGGUUGUCCCAACAUAGUUGGGAAAUGGCUCGGGAGAUGAUGAUGACUAAAAGAUAUUUGUAAUGGGUUUUUAUCAUGUAGCUUCUAUCUUAUGUCGAAGUUUGUAAAUCAUGAAUUGCAAUAAGUGCUUUAAAUUGCGUUGGCCCUAAAGGUAGAUGUUUAUAUUGGUUUAUUAAGUGUUAGAAAAUGAAAUAGCAUAUAUUUCGUUAAAAGAGCAAA